GCACCAUGCUGAACCGAAGCCGCCGUAAGCAGUUUGGGAUUGCGGUAACAGCGACACUGAUCUACGCGUCAUACGGGUCGUUCAUGGGAUGGCCCGCACCUACUCUGCUCAUCCUCGAGUCUGAGCACUCGCCCGUCCCGUUGACGGCUGACGAAGGCUCGUGGCUGGCGUCCAUCAACUCGCUCACCAUGCUGGUCGGCAUAUUCGCCGCCGGGUUCGCCGUGGACCGCGUGGGCCGGAAGAAGCUGCUGCUGGCCGCCGCCGUGCCCCUCCUCGUCUGGUGGCUGAUGGUCGCCUUCGCCGACUCCUUCGGCAUGCUGCUUGCCGCCAGGUCAAUCGGCAGCCUCAGUGGCGGACUCAUCAACACCGUGAUGCCCAUGUACCUGUCUGAAAUUGCCGACGCCGACAUACGGGGCACAAUCAUAACUGUUCACAAUGUGCUGACGGAUACUGGCAGUUUGUUGAUCUACUGCCUCGGCCCUUACCUCUCUAUUACAAAUGCCGCUGCUAUUUGUGCAACCUUACCCGUUAUUUUUUUCAUCACCUUUGUAUGGAUGCCCGAAUCUCCGUACUUCCUUUUAAUGCGAUGCACGGAACAAGACGCCGCCAAUACACUUCAGAAGAUAAAGGGAGAUCUCAGCCCCGAGGAGCUAAAGGCGGAACUGGACAUGAUGCAUGACAGCAUACGGCGGAAGCAAGAAACGAAAGGAAAGCUUAAAGACCUGCUGACCAUACCAGUGCAUCGUCGGACACUGCUCGUAACAUUAGGUUUCAUUAUACUGCAAAUGUCCACCGGCGCUAUAGCGCUGUCGACUUACACGAACACGAUAUACAAAAUGAGCGGCAGUGAACUCGAUCCGAACUUGUCCUCUAUUAUGCAGAUCUCUGUCCAGCUCUUGUCGAGCGUCGGGGCGUCAUUAGUGAUUGACCGGUUCGGUCGGAAGACGCUCGUCAUGGUGUCUCUGGUAACCUGCGGCGUCUGCCUCGCUGUUGAGGGCGCUUACUUCUACGUCAACGACGUCCGAGGAGACGUCCCUUCCGCCUUCGCCUGGGUGCCACUCGCUGCCAUGAUUGGCUUCAAUGUCUCCUUCAGUUUCGGCGCAGGGUCAGUCCUCUAUCCGAUAAUAGGCGAGAUAUACCACGUCUCUGUGAAGGGCGCCGCCACACCCAUCAACACGACGGUGAUAGCGCUGUACGGCUUCUUCCUGAAGAAGAUGUUCCAGGUGGUGUCGGACAGCGUGGGCGCCUACUGGUCCUUCUGGGCCUUCUCCGUGCUGUGUGUGUGCGGCGCUGUGUACACCUACUUCCUGCUGCCCGAGACCAAGGGCAAGACAUUCGCGCAGAUCAACCGGGAGAUAGACGCUCGAUUCGGCGGGAGUAGUCGGCAACUCACUGCUGAUCUCGGAAAUGAGGAACCUGAGUGAGACGCAGAGAUUCUGAACUUACCAG